AUGGCGUCCCGCAAAAAACAGAACGCCUCUCGCAAGAAGGAUGGCAUCCACUUCGUCAACGCCCGACCCGCCUCCGAGACCGAACGCCUGAAAGCGCAGCGUCUAGUACGUGCCCACGUCGGCCGUUGGAUCUCCGACCAGACCAAAGACCGUUCAACUGCCCUUCAAGCGACUCGUCGCAUUUCUCACCCCGUCCGCGACUCCAUCUCGCCGUUAUCCAGUGACCAGGCCGGCCCCUCAUCCUACACCCUCGUGUCGCGUUCGACCUAUUCCCCCCAUCGCGCGAAUGGCAUCGGCCCUGGUCUUCCCCGCUUCCAAGACCGUCGGCGCCAAUGGCAGAGCUCGCCCUUUCCCCCAUCGCAUGCGAGCGAUAGUAGCGAUAGUAGCGACGACAAUAGCUCCGUGACCGCGCACUCGAGCGAACCCGCCCUCCCUUGGGAAAAUCCCCGCAUCGAAUCACCCAUUACUGGCGUCAUCGAUCCUUUCUGCACAUAUCCGUCUUCUUUCUCGCCCGAGGUCGUCAAUCUCUGCGAGCAAUACUGUGGGGAAUUCCACCCUGGCUUAACAGUCCUCUGGCCUGGCCUCGUGCCGACCCGCGCAAACUUGAAAGAGGCCGGAGCGUCGUGGUUCCCGCUUUCGCUGUCCGACCCCGCUCUGUUCACGGCGUUCAUGUUCGGCUCGUUAUGCCAUCAGCGUGUACAGUGGUUGAAUAAUUGGGUGCCCAGGGAUGCCUGGGGUCCGAAACAUGAGCGCAUCCUGCAGCUGUGUGAGAUGGAGUCGAUUAAGCUGAUCAAUCAGGCCGUAAGAGAUCCUUCGCGCGCCGUGAGCGAUGCCGUGCUGUUGAGUGUUAUCUGUAUGGCGCAUCAUCAGCCCGAGGACAAUAAGCGGCAGCGACAUCGGAAGACGCCGUUUAAUCCGCCUUUUCAGCGUUUGCAGUGGAUUGAUGUUUAUGGCUGUCUGCCGCCAAACUUGAUUCAUAUUGGUGGCUUGGUCCAGUUGAUUAAGCUACGCGGUGGCUUGGAGAAUAUCCAAUUCACGGGGUUGCCCCCAACGAUUACAUUCUCGGACAUUUUCACUGCCUCGGUCUUCUGCACCCACCCAGGAUUCGCCUUCUGGCCUCUAGACGUGUCUCGCAACGGCAUCACCCUACAAGAGUUAUUGGGAUUCGGACCAUCAGACGUUGAACAUGGCUUCGGCCGACUCCAAGACAUCGGCAUCACCCCCAGUAUGGCAGAAGCCUUCCAAGCCGCCUUUACAUACAUCAACAUCGUCCGCGUCAGUCUAGUUAAAGGCUACGAUCUCCCAUUACUCGCUGACCAGCGAAAUCUCACCCAACACACUCUCCUCUCCCUCCUACCAUCCUCCGACAUUCCAACCUCAUUCUCACAUCCCACCGAAGCAACAACCUACGACAUCUGCCGACUAACCGCACUAAUUUUCAGCGUCGGCGUCAUGUUCCCUAUCCCCGCACAAAACACGCCCCUCAAGAGCUUGGCAAAGCAAAUCCAAGCUCAACUUAGUUUACCCACCGCUUCCGCCAUGUGGUCCGCCCCGCGAAAUCGAAUCCCCCUAAUCUGGGCUUUGACAUUAGGCGGUAUCGCGGCAACAGAUACACCAGAACGACCAUUCUUCGUCUCGGCACUAGGUGAAACCGCUCGACGAAGCGGGUUAACCACCUGGCCACAAAUCAGACUUACCCUGGACAUGAUGCUUUGGUACGAUCUAGCCUGCGACGAAGCCGCCCAGAUCCUAUGGUUCGAGGCGAUCUCAAGCCCGACUUUGAGACCUAUCGAAUGA